CUGUAUGCCUGUCUCAUUACAAUCCCUGUGUGUAUGCUUGUUUUUCUAGACAUUGCUAUCAAGGAAGGAAUGCUUGCGCAUAACAGCUUUCGGUUGCUGCACCACGUACAACCACUACAAUGGAACGAGACACUGGCAGAUGAGGCACAGAGGAUCGCCAAAACGAUCGCUAACGACCCGGAGUCUUUCCAGGGGGAGUCCCCAGGGGAAAACAUCGCGCAGAUCUGGCACGACUUCCCUCACGCCCCGUUAAAGGCCUCCAACAUCUGGUACAGUGAGAGGAAGGACUACAGCUUUGCUUACCCGACAUACUCAGACAAGACGCGACACUUCAGUCAGAUGGUGUGGAAAGGGACCUCGCAAGUGGUGCUGUGACGUUCUGGGGAUUCGUAUUAUCGAGGGUAAAGGUCUGAGGGUAAUUAUUGUUGCAUGUUGCAGGGCUAGCGAUGAGCCCGUCUGAGAAGUACAAGAUUGUAGUGGCGCUUUAUUGGCCGCUGGGGAAUGACCCGCAUCCCAAGGAACUCGUGAAGAACAUCCCUAAGCCCGGCGGGGGUCCUGACGUGUACGCAACUCUCAAGUGGAGAAUAUCAAGACCGAUAAAUACAGAGCGCCCCCCCCCCCCCCCCCCCCCCCCACC